AUGGUUUCUGAAACAGGUACUACGCAUAGAAGGAUGCUUCAGCCAAUCAACCGGUUCGAGCUGAUGGAUAAAAUCUCUCGUUAUGAGGUCAUCAAGAAGAUCGGUCAGGGAACAUUUGGUGUGGUGCAGAAAGCUAAAGACAAAAAGACUGGAAAUCUUGUUGCCCUCAAGCAACUCAUCAACCACUCGGCAAAGGAAGGAUUUCCCAUUACGGCACUUCGAGAAAUCACAAUCUUGAAGAAAUUAAAUCAUAAAAAUGUGUUGAAGAUUACAGGAAUGAUAUACCAGGAUCCUCAAGUGACAUCUAAGGAAGACGCCAUUCGUCAACGUGGAUGUUUCCAUACUGUUUCUCCUUACAUGAGUGUGGAUUUGGUGGGGCUCUUAGAGAACCCCGCCACUCAUAUCGAGGUUCCUACUAUAAAGUGCAUCAUGUUACAACUUCUUAGUGGAGUGGACUAUAUCCACCAACAACAUUACUUGCAUAGAGAUAUCAAGGCCGCCAACAUUCUCCUAGAUCCCAAUGGCGUGCUCAAAAUUGCUGAUUUUGGAUUAGCAAGAAUCUACCACGGAAAAACCCCCUCCAGAGGAAACGGACCAGGUGGAGGUGAAAGAGCAUAUACUGCAUUGGUCGUGACCAGAUGGUAUAGACCUCCGGAGUUGCUUCUUGGAGAGCGUAAAUACACCACUGCGGUGGACAUGUGGGGUGUUGGGUGUGUGUUUGCUGAAUUAUUCACCAAGAAGCCGAUUUUGGUGGGACAUUCGGACUCCAAUCAGGCCCAGAUCAUUUUCGACCUUGUGGGACCUCCGUCUCGCGAGAACUGGCCCGAGGCUACGCUCUUACCGAACAAACUGGAUUUGAACAUUGGAUUAACGUGUAAGAGGACGUUGGAGGCCAGGUUCAAGCCUAUAAUGGGAGAAAAGGGUGCUGAUCUUCUUAGCAAGUUGCUCACGUUAGAUCCGAAGAAAAGAUUCAACGCACUUGAUGCUUUGGAACAUAGCUACUUUUCUAGCGAGCCCUUGCCAUUGCAACCUCAACAGCUUCCAAAGUAUGAAGAGAGUCACGAGAUCGACAGGGAGCGCUUCAAGCGGAUCAGAACUGGCAGUGCACCUCCAGAUAAUCCACCAAAGAGACCCAGAGUAGAAUCUAACGACAGGUCCAAGAGGUCUGUUCUGAACAUUCGAGGCGAGCGAAAUGGAAGAGAUGUUGGCUUACCCAACCGUCCCAACUACCUGUAA